AUCAACUUGUUGAAAUAAGACAAAAUGAUCAAACAUUAUGAACAACAAAUACUUCAAUAAGCUGCAUAUACAGAUUAAUAAUUGAUAAAGAAAGAAGAAGUCAAAUACGCAAGCACCAUUUUUUAAAGCUGAAUCAAGAAAUUCAAUCGACAUGUCAAAUGCAGAGCUAUGGGACCUGGAUACAAGUGGCGGCAUCAUGGAGGUAGGUUUUGUUUAAAAUUAAUUGUAACCCUUUUUAUUCCUUCAUAUUUAUUUGGAGGUAGGUUUUGUUUAAAAUUAAUUGUAACCCUUUUUAUUCCUUCAUAUUUAUUUGGAGGUAGGUUUUGUUUAAAAUUAACUGUAACCCUUUUUAUUCCUUCAUAUUUAUUUGAAAAGUGGGGCAUUGGAUCAAAAUUCUCAGUUCACAGCUUCCAAUUCUGGAUGAUUAUUUUACAAACCAUCCAUCCCUGUGGCGCUACAGCCCAUAUAGGGCUUUGACCUGCCUCACCACUCCCUUCCACUCAGACCUAACUAAUGCCUUUCUUUUUCAUGCUUGGACUUUCAGCUGCUGUAGAUCUUUUUCCACAUCAUCCAUCCACCUAAACCUAGGUCUGCCUUUGAGCCUUUUUCCUCAGGGGUAUUGGUGAUGCACCCUCUUCUUUCCUCUGUCAUUUGGCAUUCUCUCUAAGUGUCCUGCCAAGCGUAGCCUGCCCCUUUUUAUUUCUGCUACUAUCGUGGGAUCCUGAUAUAGACUGUAUAAUUCAUGGUUGGUUUGUAUUUCCAUCCAUAUUUAUCCUUUGUUGGCCCAUAUUUUUUCCUGAGAACUUUCCUCUCCCAUGUGUAAUAGGUUUUCUGCCAUUUUUGUUAGGGUCCAAGUUUCACUUACAUAUGUUACAACUGGUCUGAUUACAGUUUUAUAAAUAGUUUUCUUUGUUUCUCUUGUAAUGUUUUUACUUUUGAGUAUUUUCUGUUUCUGGCUGAUAUUCUUUCUUUUAUUUCUGUUAGUAAUUCGUUUCUUUCAUUUAACAAAGAUCCUAGGUAUUUGAAUUGAUUUACUUUUUCAAAAGUCUGGUUUCUAAUUUUAAUUGCUUCAACUGUUUGUUCUUCUCUUAUCAUGGUCAUGUAUUUUGUUUUACAGUAGUAUUGCUAAGAUGGUAAUUAAAUCUAUUACUAAAAACUGACAACAUUAUACAAUAAUUAUAGAGAUUUUGAAAUAAAAAUUGUACCACACAAACUGGAAGGUGUAUAUGAUUUAAAUGAAUUUUCAUAUCAUAUCCUUUUGAGAAAGAAAUAUCCAAGUUUUGAAAAAAGCAAAAUGGCAAUAAUAUGCACAUUUCUUUAAUUUUGAUAAAAACUUUCUGAUAUAACUUUACAAAAUGCAUGGUUUCAUUAAAGCACAACUUUAGCGUUGGACUUGAAAAAGUAUGCAAUUUAUAGGGGGGGCCAUUGUACUUUAUUCUGCGUUUUCUUUCAUCAAGUUAAAAUCUCUGUUUAAAUCCUGUCAUCAAUUUAGGUUUGUUUAUUUUUAUUUAAGCAAAUUCAAAUGCUCGUAGCACCACCUGUGAGUGCUGAUGCCCUACGAAGAUCACGCCGUCGGAGAGAACGUGAAGUUUAUCGACGUCCUGGGCGUGCUGUUAAUCAUGACUGUUGUGACAGUUGUAAAGAAGGUGGAGAUCUAAUAUGCUGUGACCGCUGCCCUGCUGCUUUUCACUUGUUGUGCCAGUUAGUUUUCUUUUUCGUUGGGUUAAAAUGAAAUAAAUAAGUUAUGAAGAAGAGAGUUUGUAGCUGUUUCACAAUUAAAUGGAGAAGUAGUGCAAAAGGUCUCUUUCCAAAGUGUUUUAGAUUCUUGCAUUUUGACUUCAAUGCAAACUGUAAACAUUGCUAUUUAUGUUUUUUUGAACUGAAUGAGAGAAAUUAUACAAAUUUUAUGAAUCUCUCAGCAUUAAUGACAUAUUUUUAUUUGAUAGUUACUGAAAGUUCAUCAAUAUAAAUAAUAUAUAUAUAUAUAUUAAUCUUCUAGUGCAAUACAUACAUUAAUAAAUGCUUCUAAGAGCAUAUUUAUAAAAUUUCUUUUUCUUAUUUAUAUGGAAUCCAAUGUACAUUUUGUGCAAAAUGUUGGUAAUUUAAUUUUAAAAGUUCAAUAAGGAAUAAAUGUUUACUGGUAUUUAAAAAAAUCAACUUUUGAUAAACUAAUUUAUUGUAUAGUAAAAUGUUUUAAAAAGUAAUUUAAAAAGAGUAUUUUGAAAAGUUAGUUUCCUUGAUGUGCAUUAUUAAGACACUUGCUUUCUGAGCCCAGUUUUUCUUAUGCAUUCCACUGCUAAAAAAUUACAGUAACAGUAAACUAAUUUUCUUCUUAUAAUUAUUUUUUUCAGUGACCCACCUCUUAUAGAGGAAGAAUUACCUACCGGGGAAUGGCUUUGUCACAAGUGCAAAAUUGCCCCUCAGGAGGUUUGUGAAACUAAUUCUGAGUAUGUUAAAAAGUUUCAUUAUUAUUUAUGUCAAGCUCACCACCUUAAGUUAAAUUGAGAUUUCAGGUCAUCAAUUUAGCAUGUUUACAUUGAGGGGCGACAUACUUUCUAAUGCACGCUUCCUUGGUUUCAUCCUAUUACUGAGCUACUGUGUAAUGACAAAAUAACUAAAUUUAUUAUUUUUAAAGUCUCUGUCAAGCACUCUCCAAGUAUGUUAUCAUUAGGUAUAACUGGGGUAUGUUUCCAUUAAAAGGAUCAAACCGAUAGUAAGAUCUAUUUCAGAUUAUGGUUUUAGUACGGAAUGUAAAAUAAAUUUCUAUUCUUCAGGCUAAAGAUGAUGAUGCAGAAAGUACAUCAAGCAAAUCCUCCAACAGAUCAAAUAGAACUAAAAGAACAGCUGUUCAGAUUGAUGCAGAUGCAGAGACUGACCAUCCUCUGAAAACAUUGGCUAAAGCUGCACGUUUGAUGAAUCCCAUGCAGUUUGAUGUUGGUAAAGAAAUAUCAUGCAAUAAACCUUUGCCAGGCAAGUUGUACUAUUUGUUUCUACUUAUUUUUGCAAAACAUAAGCAAAGAGUAAUCAUGUUUGAAUUUUGAAAUGUUUUUGUUCUCAGUAUAUUUUAUGUAAUGACAUGAUACAGUUAGGAUAAUUGUUAUUUGGAAUAAAUACAAUAUCUCAUAUUCUUAAACUUUCAGGGAGUAGUAAAAGAGUUUAUGGCAAAGCGGCAAAAAAUAUUCCUAAAAAGCAAGCACAUGAGUUAGACAAUGGAUUAGUGCCAUUACCAGCAAAAAUAUGUUUCUCGUGCAAUAAGUAAGUUCCAUCUCUAAAAAUAAAAUUCCCAGCCUUUAUAUCAACCAUUAAAAAAAAUUCUACUUAUAGUAAUAUCUGAAGAAGUUUUCUGAAUUGUACUUCAUGAUAUGCUUUCCAUUUGUGGUUCAUAAAAUGUAUGCAUUUGACAAACCUCGACUGGGCGAUUGGUUUAAAUAAAUCCUCAUCUUAUACCUAAUUGCAAUAUUUUGUUUCAGGAGCUGCCGAAUAGCACCUCUAAUUCAAUGUGACUAUUGUCCAUUGCUGUUUCAUUUAGACUGUUUGAAUCCACCCCUCACUUCUUUGCCAACAGGGAGAUGGAUGUGUCCUAACCAUGUUGAGCAUUUUCUAGUAAGUUAUCAUUUAAAACAAAAGUAUAUAGUAUCAGUUAAGAUGGUUGAAGGGUAGAAGAGCUAAUUUAUUAAAAUGACAUUUAAAAAAAGGAAAAUAUAUAUUAAACUGAACAAUUUUCAUUUCUUUAGUUAUAAAUUAUUAUUUAAAGUAGAUAAACUAUUGUUUAUGAGAUUCUUUAUAAUUAUUUUAUGUAUGCGCUAAUUUUGGGUAAUUUUAUCAAUGCAGGACUCUAACUUGGUUAAAAGCCAGAGCCUGACAGAGCGAUUACGACUUUGGGAUAGAUAUACAGGAUUGGUGGAUAGCCAUACUGUGAAAGUUGAUUUCCUCAAUAAAAUACAUCGUAAAUAUCCAAUGUUCAGGUUUAGGAGAAAGCUUCCUGCUAGACCCACUAUAAGUGUAAGUUCUUAUUUGUGUUAAGUUCUACAUACAAAGUUUAUAGAUGUUUAAGUUGUUAAUGUUGGAAAAAUUUAACUUUAAAAAAGUACAGUCAUUAUAUUUUAUAUUUAUAUUUAAGUGCAUAUAUUAAAUAAAAUGGUGUGUUCUUUCUUUCAAGAGUUUUAUAGCCAUUUUAAUUGUUUCUAUAGUAUAGUAGUUACUAUCCUAAUGUCUCAUUUUUAUUUUAGUUAGUUUACAUGUUUUUAAUCAUUGUAAAGCGCUUAGAGCUUUAAGGUAAGCGCUAUAUAAAAAUGCCUAAAUAAAUAAAUGAAAAGAAUUAUCAGAGAUAUAGAUGAAGUGAGAUGAAACUUUUCAGAUAUGUAAUGAAUCAGAAAUAGAUUUAACUGUGUAAUUAGUUUUUUAAUUGUCUUUGAAGACAGUAUACAAUUUUAAAGGUAUUUCCUUACCAAAUUGUAUAAUUAUUAAUGGCUAUCAUUUGAAAAGUAAUAAUCUUGAUAGUUUCAUUUAUGCUGUUCCCAGGUUCCUCCUGCUGUGAAGUAUUUUUACCAAAACCCAACAAUACUAUUACCAGAUCCAGCUCGCAAAUUACCUGCUGCCAAUAAUUCCAACAAUGUUCGGGGAACAACAAUUGCAACUUUAGAUGAACAGGAAGAUGUAAUUUUACUUCAAAACAAUUUUAUUACCUAAUAAAACCAUUUGUAGAAAUUUGUACACUAUAAAAAUAUGUAACAAGAUCUACCCGAAAUUUUUGGUAAAAAGCAGUGAAACCUUUUUUUUUGGUGAAAAUAUAACUUUUCCCCUAUCCACAACCAUAAAAUCCAUUUGGUCCCUUUAAAAGCAUUUUAUUUGCAAGUUAAAGCCACUGUGUUUAACCAUUUAGUAAAAUUAAACUAUUUAUAGUUCAAUGUAAGGUCACUGGAAAGUGUGAGAAUGAAGUUGCUGAUACCAAAGUUUUCUAAAACUUUGAAAUUAAACCUUAUAAUUUUCAGCAAAGUAUUAGUUUUCGCUUGCAUUGGAUUAUUUAAACUCUGUAUAUUUAGAUUAAAGUAUUUAUUGGGUCCAAUUUAUAUUAUAAAGAUAGUAAAUGUGUCAUUGAAUUUGAUUUCUUGAGAUAGUAGUUUAAUCAGUUAUUUGUGUAAUUUAACUUAUUUUUAGUUGCUUUACAAUUUUUGGAUCAAUAUAAUUAGAAGCUAAUACUUAUCCUUACUGGUUUCAGUGGUUGUCCAGUGUUGUUUCAAUGCAAGCCAGUAUUGCUAAAUAUUUGGCACAAAAACAGAUACAAAAAUCAUCUGAUAGUAGUCGUAUUACAGACUUUGCAACAAUAACAAGUAAGCCAACUGCAUCAGUUGCACCAGUUGUUCAAAAAGAAAUAGAGCUUUUAUCAACUGGGUCAAACGAUCCUGACCAGAAGUCAGUUUCAAUAUCCCCAAAUAACUUUGCAUCUGAAUCUCUUGACUGUAAUAGAAGCAAGCAUCAUAAUUCUACAUCAAUGAUCACAGAUGAAGCAAAAUCUAUCUGCAACAAUUCCUCUUCAGCUGUUGAUAAAAAUGGCUCUUUACAAAUGGAUGCCCCUAAUCGAGGUACAGUUUCUCUCCUGGCAAAUAACAUUGCAAGCAACAAUAUGAACAAUAGCAAUACUUUCAGUUCCAUUUCAGGAGAUGUGGAAAUGUCAGAUUUUCUGCAAUCAAAAUGUGCAGAGGUAGCACCUGAAGAAUUAGGGUCAUCAUUACGGGUCAGGAGUAACAGUGUAGAUUCCAUUCCUUCUUCAUCAUCAUCCUCAUCUAUAUUAAGACCACUGCGAAUGGGAUGUGAUAGCAACAGUGUCAAUGGAGAAAGCAGCAGUAGCAAAAGUUGUGGCAGCAAAAACAUUAUUAUUAAUGCUAUAAAGAAUAACUCUGUUGUCACUAAAGUUUUGUCUGGAAAACCCCAACCAGCAAAGGUAAUUAAUGGAAAAUGAAAACUUAUGUCAUUUAAUUCAUGUAGUAAUUUGUGUCCUUAAUAAUUAUUAUUUUAACUAGCUUUUUGUCUUAAGAAUUUAUUUUCAAAUUAUGGACAUCAUUUACACAAAUACCAAAUAAGUGGCAGAUCAGUUCUACUACAGAACUGAGUUACAAUAAGAUUUUGGUUGUGUUUUGAAAUUCCUUUCUUUGUGUCAACAUUCCUUAUAUGUUGAGAAAAUGUCUUCUUUUCCCCUGAUAAUUCUACAUUUCCUUUACAAAAAAUAUUAUUAAUGCAUUCAUAUACAACUGUCUACCAGGUAAUCCUGCCCAGCAAUAGAUCACCCUUUCUUGGAAACAAUAUUAACAAUAACAACCAAUCUCAGCGAGUAAUUGUGCAACCUUCUAGCAAGCCACAAGUGUCCAGUAACAAUUUAAGCGCGACAUCCAAAGUUAUAACUGUGUCAGCCACACCUUCAGGUACUAAUAUAGUCUGCAGAUGUAAGAAUGUUUUAAAAAAUUUAAACAAAUUCACAUUUUCAAGUGGGUGUUUUUUUAUAGGCUACCUUAGUAUAAGUUAUAUUACAUAUAUUUUCAUCGUUUCCCUUUUUUAAAGUGCGUAAUUCAAGCAGUGUGACAAGUUCCCAGAAGACCAGCAAUAUAAACAAUAUAAUUGGUUCUUCACCAACAAUGGCAAAUUUAAACAGUCUGCUCCAACAGUGGAUUGAAGGAAAUGCAGGUAGACGAUAACUUUUUUCCCCUUCAAACUUAACAUCUUUUUAAAAUUUUUUUUAAUUAAGAGUUAUGACGUUGGUACUUUGGUAAUGUAAGGAAGACCACCAAAUUUGUGUUUGAAGUGGGUAUCUGCCCAGUGGAAUCCACUGGUCCCAUUUAUUUUGACAUUAUUAAAGAACUUUUUCUUGAUUUAUCUAUUAUUACCCGUUGUUGUUUAGAAGACAUCUAGACUUUAUUAGAAUUAAUUUUGUAAAUUAAUUUUGCUCUCACCCCUUAGUUAGACUUAUCUGCAGUGAAUAAGGGUUACAGUUACUUGCAUGAUGAAAAAAUUAAAAUGAAAAAAAAACCACCACCUUUGGUUAAUAUUUCUACCCAAUAUCAUUGAGUUAGUUCUUUGCUUUCAACAAUUAUAUCUCUGUGGAAAAAAUACACCUUUUUGCACCAACACUUCUUUGUCAUGCCAGCCACUCACCUCUUUUAUGCUGGAAAGAUACUGUCAUGUAAAAUUCUAAUUAAUUUACAAUAUAUUUAACAAAAUAGCAAAAUUAUUAUUUACAAAAAAUCUUUCUACAGUAGACAUUGAAUUCUCAAAGAUUGAUGAGCAGCUCACUCAAAUUCUUGCAUGGCAGCGUCUUCAACAAUUAAUGCCCUCCAAAUCACCACCUCAGUCAACCACACCAACAUCAACACCAUCAAGCGCACCUCUUUUAUCUUCAAAUAGCAAGAAAGGAUUGCUAAAUGUUUAUUUGUCUCAACAAAGUAAGUUGGCUUACUAUUUUAUGAUAAAAUAUUGCUCACACUGAGAAAGGGAAAAUCUGUGCUUCUGAUUUGUAUAAGGCACCUAAGAAAUAUUUUAGACACUGCUAACCAAGCGGCCAACUAUCUAUUAGGGGGGUCUGAUAGGGUAUAUUAGUCAGGGUAUCCAUUUUCAUAAGACAAUGUGUGAAUUAAUCAUUUGUGAUGUAAGAUGCCCAUACUUCAUAAUGUAUUUUUUAAUUUAACAAUGAAACUAUAAAUAUCCUCAAUUUUCUUUUCUUACACAACAUGCUGCCAAGGAAUCACAUUAACAACUUUUAAUUUAAAAAAUAUGGGUGUAAGGUGGUAUGCCAUGUCUUUUUAUGACACAAGUGUGCAGAUCACCUUUAAAAUUCUUUUUAAAAAAUUCAUUCAAAAAAUUCUAAACUGGAAAAUCUCAAAGUGAAAGAAAACAAUUACAUUGGUAAAAAUAUUAUGUUCACAAUCACAAUGUUUCAAAUUAUAUAAUUUUUUACUGUUUGAGGGUACCCUUUCCCUGAUGUAGUUCAUUUAAGUUUAAGCCUCCUGUUCUGAAGUUUCUGCCAGCUGGCCUUAAUAUCUUUGUAUGAUUAAAAUGCAAUAAACUAUUAUUUAUCUAGCUUUCUCUGCCCUUCACAUAGGCACAACAGAGGUUCGGUCAAGGGCUGUUCUAUGCCCACUCUCUGGAAAAGGCCAAGCAAUACCAAUGCCCUACAGGUCCUUGAGUCUGGGAACAGGUAUGUGGUUAUGGGUUUGGUGUGAACUUAAAAGCUUUUAACUUUCUUCAGAUUUUUCACAGAUAAAUAUUGACAACCUGGGGGAAAGGUGGGUGGAGGUGAAAAAAAAGGGGGUGGGGGCGUUGCAAGAAAUAUACAUUGUAGAAAUCUUUUUAAAACCAAAUAUUGGGAAGUAUAGAAGAAAUUAUUAAAUUUAGAUAAGUUAAGAAAUCAGUUUAGUUUAUGAAAUAAUUUUGCUAAAAAUUGUUUUCAAAAGCUUCCUUUUUUUUGAGGCAGGUUGAAAGAUCUGAGUUUAUAUAUUUUACAUUGUGUAGUUUUACUGUAGUUGCAUGUCAUAAAAGAUGUCUAUUACUGCAAAGCAAACUAAAUAAGUUAUUUGGUCUGCAUGUUUUUGGACAGAAUUUUUGUUUGUGUGAUUAUUAUACCCUGAUGUUUGUUCUAGGUGCUGACAUGGAUGUGUGUUUACAUGAGUAUGGGCAUUGUAACUUUAUCUCUGGUCAUCAUGCUACCAUAUUUUAUGACGAGGUGAGAAUCUACAUUUCAUAAUUCACCAUCAUGUUUUUUUGUUUAUAAUUUUAUCAGCUUUAAAAAAAACUAAUAGUCGGAAUAACAAGUUAUUGUGAAUUUGUAGACCUAAUACGAUUUUGGUGUAAAAUGUACAAUUUUGAGAUACCUUUUACGAUUGUACGCCAAGACCCGUUAUGAUUAUGAUUUUAAGAGACCCAGUUGAAAAUAUAUACAUUCUGGUAGCUUUUCCGAUUAAAAAAUAAUAAUUAAAAAGUACAUUGUUGGUUGUUAGUUUUAAUUUACAUUUGCCUUCUACAUUCAGCAGUGAAUGGAACAAGAAAUAUAUUUGGCUGGGGACCAUCUAUAACUAUACCGGUACUAUGAGAGGGGAAUCGAGUAGUAUUGAUUUUGGAUAUUUAGUGUACAGGCGUGGAGGGGGGACGACGACACACUAAAUAUUUAAGUAUCAAAUUAACACAGCAACAUUUCGGUAAUGGUACGAGUGAUGGUCCUAUUGUUGCUUUGUGUUUUUAUAAUGAACUCGCUAGACAGUAAUAUUUGUGUUGUGCCCUAGUGACAAAUUUAGGUAAUCUCGGGCGAUCUUUACGCCCUAAGGGGGGUUGUCGAUAUUUAGAUUUUGACUACAUUUGCGUGGGGGGGGGUGUCUCUGUAACAUGUUUAUUGGCGUAGAUUUUGUUGGGCUACGCAAGAGGUUCUAAAAUUUAAAUUACCUGGCAUCUUUGCCAAAGUCAGGUUUUCACCAGGCUCCCUGUGUUAAAUUCCUACAAGUGCAGUUCAAAAAAGCGAAUACAUAAACAAAAUAAAGGGUUGGGUAAAAAUAAAUAUAACAUGUUUGUAGGUCACUCAGCGCCUUCUAGUAACUGCAAACAUUACUCAAGUGAGUUACUGUUUGCACCAUGACUGCUAUAUGUCACAUUGGAUUAAAGUUGAAAAAAAAUUUAUGAAAUUUUUUUAAUAUUUCGCAACGUCCCUGUUAGCUUUCCGCAGCAACCCAUAUAGAAGGGGGGAGGGUGGUCUUGUCAAAAAAGUAAGUGUGCAAAUGGCGGGAGGUAAUUUUAAAAAAAAUUUUGCGUUUGCUUCGGUGAUGUAUGAUGUAAUUUUGUGACAUAAUUAUUUCUUACUGUUUGAACCGCGAUGAGCGCAGAAACUGAGAAAACUAGACAAUGCAUUCUUCACUGUUCCGCGCAGCAACAUUAGAUUUCGACAUUUAAUAGGAUCUGAGAGGGCCUUUGAAAUCUAUUUGAUUUGCCUUUAAAAAUAUAUUUUAAAAAAAUCUAUUUAUAAAACGCACAAAAACAGCGAAAUGAUUUUUAUUGUCCCCUCUUUCUGUCACCCAUUUACAGUUUUUGGUAGUUAUCAGACUGUAAUUUCUUAACGGGAAUAUGCAUACUGCAUAUUAAUUUUUUUUAAACUUGCUUUACUAAAAUAUUAAUCUAAAGUUACUGGCUGGUAGUUUUUUUUAAAUGACACCCUAAUUUGUUAAUUAAUUCUGACUUCGAGUUUUAAGCACGUCCACGUUAAAUUUCACCAGUAACUUUAUUUUUACCAGUAACAGACUGGGAUAAUGUGAUCUAAACGUUCACCUAAAUAUAGCAGAUACACAUCUGCAAAACAUAGUAAACGUCAGCCAUCUACCUUUAGAAGUAAAUUGCUUGACGCCAAUUAACUCGAUCUCACUAGACACGUGAUGCGAGUUAUUGUAUACAUUAUAUAUUCUGUAUAUUUAUUUAUUUACUAUUAAGACACUGUAUUGUAUGAUUUUGAGACAAUAUUGUAUGAUUUUAGAAGUACGAGGGUAAACAGGUCUGAAUUUGUCAUUUGUAGGAGAGUAGUUGAAUAAUUAUAGCAAUUAGAUGUGAAAUCUAAAGGAUGGUUUUUUGAAGGUCCACAUGUGUGGGAGAAUAUUUUAAAUAAUAUGAUAAUUAUAUGUGAAAUCUAAAGGAUGUUUGUGAUGGUCCACAUGUGUAGGGAAAUUGUUGAAUUGCCUAGUAUUUACAUUUAACCAGACCUGUUUACUCUUACGAUUUUGGCAUACAAUGUACGAUUUUGAAGUGUAUAUAUUAUAUAUACUGCAUGUUUAUUUUUUUACUAUUAAGAUAAUGUAUUCCUAAUGAUUGAUUCUCAUGUAGACUGCUCUGACUAGCUAUACAUAUCUAUGCAGUCUGGUGAUAAUUUCCUACGCAAUGAUAUCUUUUACUUCUAAAAAAUUCAUUCUUUUAAAAUCAAAUUAAUGUUUUGUAUCCCAGAUGCAUAGUUAAUAACAAUUAUGUUGCAGAUGAGCCGACAUUUUGAGCUCUUAAACUACAGUGAGCACGGUACGACUGUGGACAAUGUUCUAUACUCUUGUGAUUUCUCCGACAAAUCUGCUACAACACCUCAGCCUAGUCAUGUGAUAUCUGCUGUCAGAGAAAUUAUCAAAGAAGGGCAGUUGAAAAAUGGCAACAAGGGAAUCAAGAAAGAGGAUACAGAAGACAAGCUAAGAAUGUCAGCCAGAGCUAACGGGGUAAGAAUAGUUUUCAUUAAAUUUUAACAUAAUUUGCUAAUACAGUGUUUUCUGUACAAGCAACAUUGUCUCACUGACAUUUUGAACAGUAUUUGAAGAAGUUUCACUGUACCGGUAUUUAUUUCUUAGAUACAGAAUAAUUUUUGUGCAUUACAUCAAAGUUGACUUGAACAACAAGAAAUUGAAUAUGUUUGACACAGCUUUAUUUUAAUUUUGAAGACAGGCAGUUUUAUUGUGAAAGAAUUAUGUAAAUACAUAGAUAUGUUAGAAAAAAAAAUUAUAUUUUCGAUAUUUCUCUUAUUUGGUAGGUUUCUUUAAAAAGUAUAUAAUUUAAUUCACUAAUGUAUUUUUCCUCCUCAGGCAUCAAAAGCAUGCAGCUGUAAGGGAAGUAGCUCAAGUCUCAUAGGUGGCAGUGGAGCUGGAUGGGAAGGCACAGCUUUGCUACAUCAUGGCAGCUAUAUCAAAGUCGGAUGUCUGCAGUUUGUCUUUAGCAUAGUUGAUCAUGCCCCUGAUCAACCCAUGCGGCAGACACAUGAGACACAGUCAUCUUCCACCACCCGGUUUUCAUCUAUGCCCUUGAUAUCUUCAUCCCCUCAUCUGCACAAUCAGCCUUCUAUGUCAUUGUUGAAAACACACCUUAAAUCAGCUGCACUUCCUUGA